UUCGAAAUUCUAUGGUUAAGACACACGUACACAUACACACACAGGUGUGCAAGUCACGCGCACUCAUGGACAUCAUGGCAGAAGUCAGCGAAUGAAUGCAGUGAGUGGCGUCAUGGCAUGACCGUGGAUGUGAUGUGCACACACAGUCAGUCAGUCAUUCAGUCGGGUGUGCUCUCUUGACGGCACUCCUCACCAGAAAUAGAGAAAUGCCACACAGACAGACAGCCGACCAGGCAGACAGACAGCUAGGCAGCCAGGUGGGUACCUUGGCUACGAUAUAUGGUAUAGUACAUGUCAGUCAGCACCAGCAGCAGCAGGCGUCCAUCCAUCCAUCCAUCCAUCCAUCCAUGUGUGUGUGUGUGUGCCUAGCACCGUGCUCUCGCGUCGGUUGUGAUGGUGGGACAGGCGGCCAUGCAGUCAGGCAAGCAAGCAGGCAGGCAGGCAGGCAGGAAGGCAAAAGGCGAAGAAAAGCGGAGAAAGGCAGAAAGGCAGGGAACCACGUCACACACACACACAGGGAAAUAUCAUCCUUCAGUUAGCCAUAGCUAUUGAACUGAAGGCGGAAACUCUGACACUCUCAAUCCCCCCCCCAACACACACACACACAUGGCGGCCGAAACAGGGGGCCGGGACGGGACGGGACGGUACUGACUCACAGACGGACGACAAAUGAGGGACAGUACCAUUCCACACACACACAUGCAGUGCCUCUCUUGUUUGUCUGUCUCGUCCAUGGGUGGCCAGAACUACACAGACGGCGGGCGGACGACCACAGACCCUCACCUCCCCACAGACACACACACACACACACACACAGCGCCCCGACCCACCUCUCCCCAGCGACCCGACCCGUGUGCAUGAAGGAGUUCACGAAUUGGUCUCGUCUGGUGGUGGACGUGCGUGUGCGUGCGAUUCAGCGGCCCCUUGCGCUAACGAUGCGCUUCUAAAUACAGACGGGGCAGACGAACCACGACACACAAGCAUCCUCCACACACAUGCAGCGGUUAGAACAAAUAGCGGCUGUCGGGACUGGGGAGUGGAUGAGUGGAUGAGGUCUCUCUGUCUCUGUCUCUCUCUCUCAGGGAGGGGGCACUGCCCGUCACUCCACCGAGGUCGCUGCACCCCCUGACCCAGCAUGCAGCUGUCGUCGCUCUACCGCACUGUAUGUGUGGAGACACGUACACAUAGAUAGGAUAGCACAUAGAUAUGUAUGCAGCUGUCUGUACAGACACCGAUCAUCGCAUCGCAUAGCACCCUACUAGUUCGCCGCAUCCACUAGCCUUACCUAUCACCUGUCUAGCUAUUCGAUCUGUCUAUUGCUCGCAGUUCCUCCCUCCUCCCCCGCCGUGCUUUAUUCAAAAACGGGGCAAAAGCUCUCCAGCACGCACCCAGGCACCACCCCCCCACCCAACCGCCCCACAUUCACACAGACGGAUAUACAUCAUCCUUUCAUCAGCACACACACACACACACAUGGGCAGAGAUAAGAUAGGAUAGGAUAGACGGCGUCGGGUAGCGGAGCGGCAGGGAUCAUCAGCCACGAGAACGUGGGCUGGAAACUCGCCCUCGCUUGCACGGCUCUGCUCGCUUUCUGUCGCUGUCCACGUGAGCAGUAAGGCGUUGAGGUCCUCCACUUCACGAGGCAUCAUGACCAGUGUCACGUCAUGAUGUCUGUUGAAGCAGUCCGCCCCAACGCGGUGCUGCGCACCGACAAGACAGCAAAGAAGGCACCACAGAGCCAAGUCACAUCACUCUCUGGUCUGUCUCGCCGCAAGCAAGUAGCGCAAACUCCCCUAUCCAUCCACACACCCACACCCUCACGUACGCUCACACAAAUAUGCUCGUCUGUCUGUCAUCUCACUGACGUGACGACUGGCAGGUGCAAAACUCUGCAAAGUCUGUCUGACCUGGGAACGGCUGAAAGGGAUGUCGCGUCGAUCGAUGAGCAAAACCGACAGACACGGACACAGACACAAGACACAGACACGGGGAAAAAGAGAGGGAGAGACGGGCACUCUGGACAUGCACAUAGACACACCGGAGACGGCUGCCUUCGAAAAUCAGACACGCACUUGCCUUCUCUCUCACCCUCUCUGAUCUCCUCUGCUCUCGGUUCAAAAGACCGCCACACAGCCGUUCUCAUCCAUGGAACUCCACUCCAAAACACACCACACCCCCACACACCCGACACACAGCCUCACUCACUCACAGAGCCUCUGCUGGCCCGGAGCACCUCAUAAGGCAUCAUCAGGAACGACUAGGCGGUGAUCCGCACCGGCCUCUCGAGAGCAUCACGGUCGGAGGAGGGAGGGGGGGAUUGGGAUGAAGGGCCGUUGUCCUGCUCGUGCCGCCGAUAUGACGCGGCCACUUCGGGAGAGACGGACCUCCGUGCUGUCUUGAGGGCCUCGUCGAAGUGGCGCUGGGAGACAUCGAUGGGCCGCUUGGAUGACGCCUCGAUGUUCUCCCUCACCGCCAGCCUCGCGGCCCGCUGACACAGCUCGUUGAUGUCCGCACCCGAGAAGCCCUCCAUCUGCUGAGCGAGUCGAUCAAGGUCGACGUUCGUCUCGACAGGCGUCUUCCGCAGACAGGCCUCGAGGCAGCUCCGCCGCGCCCCCUCAUCAGGCAGUGGAAUCAGCACUAUCCGGUCGAAUCGUCCCGGUCUCAGGAGUGCUUCGUCGAGCACGUCGGGGCGGUUGGUGGCGGCGAUGACGACCACGUGCUUGCCGCUGUCACUGCCGAGGCCGUCCAGCUCGGUCAGCAGCUGGUUGAGCACCCUUGCGGACGCCUCGCUGCCCUCGCCGCUGGAUGUGCUGCCUCUCCGCCGACCUAAGGCAUCGAUCUCGUCGAAGAAGAUCACGGCGGGGGCGCUGGCCCUGAGGGUAACAAGGAGAGGUGGUGAGGACGGGGGUCUCUGUGUGUGUGUGUCUCGAUGUCUGUGUGGGCGCCCACCUCGCUAUUUUGAACAGUUCCCGUACGUUGGCCUCUGACUGGCCAAACCACUUGCUCAGCAGCUCAGGACCCUUCACAGACAGGAAAUUAGCCCCGCUCUCGCGCGCAACAGCCUGAUGCCCACAGACACACAGUCCAGUGAAAGCAGACAUGAGACAUCCCUCCCUCCAUCUCUCUACCUCACCUUAGCGAGCAGCGUCUUGCCGCAACCGGGCGGUCCGUGGAGCAGCACGCCCCUGCUGGCCUGCAGAUUGAACUUGCUGACCAACUCGGGGUGGUUCAAUGGCAGGUCGAUGGCCUCUUUCAGCUCAUCCUUGACCGCAUCAAGCCCGCCGAUGUCGCACCAAGACACACUGGGCGUCUCUAUGGUGUACUGGGCGUCCUGCAGGCAGGACGGCUUGACGACCGUCAGGGCCUGCUCGAAGUGGUCAUGCGACACCGUCAGGCCGUGCUCGGCCACGGCGCUUUUGACGCACGGCAGGCCGUUGUAUGAAAUCUGGUUCCGGAGACUGUCGUCAGAGUGUCCGCGAACGCGUGACUGGCGUGGGGCGCGUUGGUGGCCCUCUGUGCGGGCGAGGUGGUCGCGGAUGCAGAGUUUACCCGCCAUCUUGCACAGCAGCGCCAGGUCCGCCCCGACGUAGCCGUGUGUCCGCUCAGCGAUGGAGUCGAGCUUGACAUCUGGUGCCAGUCGCAAGCCGCGCGUCAGCACGGCCAGGAUCUCACGACUGUCCGAUGAGACACAGAGGACAACGUGCAUGUGUCCAAGUGGGUGGCACCUCCCUCUCUCCCUCUCACCGGCCGUCCUUGUCGGGCAUGCCCAUCUCGACCUCAGCCUCAAAACGCCCCAGCCUGACACGACGCAAGAAGGCACACAGCAGCGUCUCAGCUUGUUCCAAGUGGUGUGUUGUAUCUCUUGGAGACUACCUUCUGAGUGCAGGGUCGAUGUGCUCUAUGUUCGAUGUGGUGCCCAUGACUAUCACGCGACGAGUAGCCAGCUCCUCGAAGAACCGACACAACUGCAUUGCAUUCCGUGACGACCACACCAACACAGCCCACCAUGACGACAACCAUCCAGUGCAUGCCCCUGUCUGUCUGUCUGCUCACGUGUUCGGUGAUUGACCGUCCGUGUAUCCCGACGCCUCCCUUGCUGCCAGGGCUUUGGGGGGCGAGCAUGUCCAAGUCCUCCAUCAACACGAUGGACGGACUGCUGCUCUUCUCAGCCGCUCUCAGAACAUUGUCCAGAUACUGACUCACAGGCGUGCUCUCCGACUCGGCAACCUGACGCACACAGACGCAUACAGGGAACAGACAUCGAGAUGAUGCCUUCUGCCCGUUUCGACUCUUCUGCUGACCUCCAGCUUGGCGGCAGAGAUGGUGAUGAGGUUGGCUCCCGUGCCAUUUGCAAGUGCCUUGACCAUCGACCUCUUGCCGCAGCCGUGCGGGCCGUGGAGAAUCACGCCGCGUGAGGGCUCCGGGAGGCCUUCGUAGAGCUCUGGGCGCAGCAGGGGCACCUCCACCACCUGGCGGAGCUCACUGAGGGCAGCCUGGCACCCACCCAGGGAGGCGAAGACGUCUUCAGACACGGAGCAGCCGGAGUCGCCACACAUAUCCAUAUCCAUGUCAUCUAUCAUGGGGACAGACAGACAACAAACACAUCACAUGCACGCACACAAACGCAGACAUGCACAUGCAUUCCAUUGGCCAAGACAUGCCCUCCCUGUUACCUGCUUGCGUGGUCCGAUCGUCUUGUGCUGCCUCGUCCGUGGUCGCCUGGUCGUCUCCAUCCACCCACCACCUCCGCACCCGCCACUCCCUGCCGUCCUUGGCCUCAAGCGCACUCAGGUCUCCCCCUCGGAUGGAGACACGGCCGCGCCUGCGUUUCAGCGUGUGCUUGCGGGAACCGCCUCGUAUGCGGUGCAGCAGAGGGAAGAGGUCAGACGCCAGGGAGCCUUUGUCUGAGGGGGGUGAGCGUCUUCGGAUGGCGAAGACGGUCAUGGCGGGAGAGAGGAGGGCGUAGGUGAGGGGCACAAGCCAGCUGACCGACAGCAUGGCCUUCACAGAACAGAGCACCACCCAGGCUGCUUGGAUGGCUGCACGGCGAUAGUGCCGACCGACGAGAUGCUUGUUGAAAGGGAAAAAUCGCCAAUGGGAAAAAUGAAAACAGCAAGUGAGUGAGUGAAGAAACCGGUGUGACGAUGAGGCAAAGGAAGGGGGAAGAGCAGCCUGCGAGAUC